AUGUCGCAGGACCCCCGUGCUCUGCUCCAAAAGGCGGAGAAGACGCUGGCCAGCGCGGGCGGCGGCUUCAGUUUCUUUGGCGGACGCGAGGACAAGUAUCAGAAUGCCGCGGAUCUGUUCACUCAGGCAGCCAACGCCUUCAAGAUGCAGAACCAAAACGUCGAGGCUGGCAAGGCCUUCGAACAAGCCGCCCAGGUGCAAACAGCCAAGCUGAACGAGCCCGACGACGGGGCCAACUCGCUCGUCGACGCCUUCAAAGCGUACCGCAAGGACGCGCCCUCCGACGCGGUUCGCUGCUUAAAGACGGCCAUCGACAGGUACUGCCAAAAGGGCAACUUUCGAAGAGCGGCAUCGCAUAACGAGACCAUGGCCGAGGUGUACGAGACCCAGUUGGGAGAUGCCAAGACGGCCGUAGAGUGCUACGAGGCUGCUGCUACUUGGUACGAGGGAGACAAUGCCACGGCGCUCGCCAACAAGCUGUGGCUCAAGGUCGCCGACGCUGCGGCCCUCGAGGGCGACUACUACAAGGCGAUUGAGAACUUUGAAAAAGUCGCCGCGCAGUCGGUCAACAACAACCUUAUGAGGUACAGCGUCAAGGACUACUUGCUCAGGGCUGGCAUUUGCCAUCUCGCGUCGGGGGACUUGGUUGCCACCCAGCGUGCUUUGGAAAAGUACGUCGACAUGGAUCCUAGUUUCGCCUCGCAGAGGGAACAUUUGCUGCUGAGGGAUCUGUGCGAUGCUGUCGAGGCCAAGAGCCAGGAGCAGUUUACGGACAAGUUGUUCCAGUAUGACCAAAUCAGCAAGCUGGACAAGUGGAAGACGAACAUUCUGGUGAGGGUGAAGAAUGCCAUUGAAGAGGCGGAUGAUGAGUUUGCGUAG